UCCAGGCUCUCUUCUUGGCCGUGCUGGACACCCUGAGGGGACUUGGCUCCAAGACAGCUCCUAAGGGUGGCCGGAGCCCUGGUGUCAGGCAGGCAAGGGUUAAAAGGUAUGGGCUGGCCCGGUCCCUGGCCAGGUAGGUUGGGCCAUUGCCUAGUGGGAGGCGGCCUAGGCAUCCGCCACUGCGCUCACCCGCUUAUUGCCACUACCAGCCGGAGCAGGGCCUGGUCGAGACGACUAUUUUCUGAGGUACCUGAGGCCACCCCACAGCACCUCUCUGCUCUGGCAUUGGCCUUGUCCAGCCAUCAGCCACAGCCUCUUGACAGCACCAGGAUGGAAGUCAAAGGUCAGCUGAUCAGCUCUCCCACCUUCAGUGCCUCAGCUGCCCUGUUUGGAGAGGCUGCCCCCCAGGUGAAGUCAGAGCGUCUGCGGGGGCUGCUCGACCGUCAGCGGACCCUGCAGGAGGCCCUGAGCCUGAAACUUCAGGAGCUACGAAAAGUGUGUCUCCAGGAGGCGGAGCUGACUGGCCAGCUGCCCCCCGAGUGCCCACUGGAGCCUGGUGAACGGCCCCAGUUGGUCCGUCGGCGGCCACCUGCAGCCCGUGCCUAUCCUCCACUGCACCCCAAUCCAGCACACCACUCCUUGUGCCCUGCCAAGGCCCCGCAGGAGCUGGCGCUCGAGGCCCUGGAGCGCGAAGUGUCAGUGCAGCAGCAGAUUGCGGCAGCUGCCCGCCGCCUGGCCUUGGCCCCUGAGCUCAGCGCCGAGCAGCGCCGACGUCGGCGCCAGGUCCAGGCAGAUGCUUUGCGGAGGCUGCAUGAGCUGGAGGAGCAGCUCGGGGAUGUCCGGGCCCACCUGGGUCUCCCGGGGAUCCCGCCGCCCCAGCCCCUGCCGCUGUCCACUGGGGCAGUUAUCACUGCCCAGGGAGUCUGCCUGGGCACGCGCCUCGCUCAGCUCAGCCAAGAGGACGUAGUACUGCACUCGGAGAGCAGCUCCCUCUCAGAGUCUGGGGCCAGCCAUGAUAAUGAGGAGCCCCGUGGCUGCUUCCCUCUGGCUGAGCGCCCUUCACCACCGAAGGUCUGGGACCAGCUGCGGGCAGUAUCUGGGGGCAGCCCUGAGCGGCGAACCCCAUGGAAACCACCCCCGUCGGAUCUUUAUGGGGAUCUGAAGAGCCGGCGGAACUCUGUGGCCAGCCCCACCAGCCCCACACGCUCGCUGCCCAGGAGUGCCUCCAGUUUUGAGGGGCGAAGUGUGCCUGCCACCCCUGUCCUCACCCGGGGCGCUGGCCCCCAGCUCUGCAAACCUGAAGGCCUCCAUUCUCGCCAGUGGUCCGGCAGCCAGGACUCCCAGAUGGGCUUCCCCCGAGCGGACCCUGUCUCCGACCGUGCCUCCCUCUUCGCAGCUCGCACCCGCCGCAGCAAUAGCUCCGAGGCCCUGCUGGUGGACCGGGCAGCUAGUGGGGGAGCUGGCUCCCCGCCUGCGCCUCUGGUUCCCCCUGCCGCUGGUCCCCCAGUCUGCAAGAGCAGUGAGGUGCUAUAUGAGCGCCCCCAACCAACUCCUGCCUUCUCCUCCCGCACGGCUGGCCCCCCAGACCCUCCCCGGGCUGCCCGGCCCAGCUCAGCCGCCCCUGCCUCCCGCGGGGUCCCCCGGCUCCCGCCUGUGUGUGGGGACUUCCUCUUGGACUACUCCCUGGACCGGGGCCUGCCCCGCGGUGGCGGCGGGACAGGCUGGGGGGAGCUGCUGCCCGCAGCUGAGGUCCCAGGACCCCUCUCCCGCCGUGACGGGCUCCUCGCCAUGCUCCCAGGCCCACCACCUGUGUAUGCAGCUGAUGGCAGCAGCCCCCUCCUCCGCAGCAAGGACCCCCACAGCCGUGCCACCCGCACCAAGCCCUGUGGCCUGCCCCUGGAGGCCGCUGAGGGCCCAGAGGUGCAUCCCAACCCUCUGCUGUGGAUGCCCCCACCCGCCCGUAUCCCUCCAGCUGGUGAGCGCAGCGGCCACAAGAACCUUGCCCUGGAGGGGCUGCGGGACUGGUACAUCCGGAACUCGGGACUGGCCACAGGGCCCCAGCGCCGGCCUGGGCUCCCCCACAUGGGCCCGCAGCACCCGCCCUUCCUCCAUGCCCGCUGCUAUGAGGUGGGCCAGGCGCUGUAUGGGGCCCCCAGCCAGGCACCACUCCCGCACUCAAGGAGUUUCACGGCGCCCCCUGUCUCCGGCAGAUACUACGCGGACUUCCUGUACCCCCCGGAGCUGAGCGCUCGUUUAAGUGACCUGACGCUAGAGGGGGAGCAGUCCUCCGGUUCUGACCCCCAGACCCCGGGGACACUGGUCUGACCCCUUCUCAUAUGCCCCUUGUUGGCCUGGGUAUGACUUCAGUCUGGGGAGCACACAGCUGACCUCGCUGAGCCCUGGGGUGUGGCUGCUCUCCAUCCUGCGGGGCACCAACGUGAUCUUCCAAGGCCUCUGGCUCCCCGUGGGCCCACGAAGGUGUCUGACACCCUGUGUCACCUCUCAUGCUGUGCUGGGGACUGGGGGCCCUCCGCCAGCUUAAAAGAGAGGAGAGGGGAUGAUGUAAUGGGGACUCCAAGCCCCUUCCUCCAUUUCUGUUUACAGUUGUGAUCUAGGUAUUCACUGUCUUCCCUCAACACUAGACGUUUUAUAAGAAAGGAAACUGUGAUCUCGUCCUGGUUGGGUUCAUUCCUGUCCCCAUGCCCAGCCUGUUCCAUUCAGGAGCCCCCUCCACAAAACGGACCAUAUAGGGUCUCAGUGCCCAGUCUGGGGCAGCCAAGAGACUCCGGUGUGAACAGAACUCCCUGCCACCCCCCACUGGGGCAGUUUUUCUUGGGGAGGUGCCCACAUUUGGAAGGAAUGAAGUCUCUGCCCACAUUUGGAAGGACUGAAGUCUGGGUGGGGGGCUUGCAUUCAUUUUCCCUCCCCCAGGGUGCCUGAAGGCACCCCAGUCCCUGUCUGCCUGUCUGUGCCCGCUGCCUCUGCCCACAGAGUGAGAUGGCCCAGCCUUUGGCGGCAGCCUCCUCUGCCCCGACUAUCCCCAGUCAGGGGGCCCCGCAGGAGGACCAAAGGGCAAAACCAUUGGGUGUGUUGUGUCCUGGGAUGUGGCGGUGGUGGAACCUGGCAUCUGGUAGAUGCCAAUGAAGUCCUCAAGUGACGUCUCGCCACGGGUUAUGUCACACCUUCCUUGGCUUUCCUUCCAUCCACCACUUUUUAAACAAAUCCACACAAGCCGUGUUUUCUAUGAUACCUGUCUGUGGCUUUCUGGAGCUGGGGGUUCCCCUACCCCCUUUACCUAGUGUUAAACUUUUCUUUUUGUACUAAUGGAUCUGGGCCCAAGACACUACCCACACUGGAAGGGGAUUUCUAUAAUAAAUGUGUAAACUG